UCGUCAGAUACGGACAAUAGACAACAAGAACCGAACCCCAACAAUUGCGUCACCGAAAGCUUGAUCACCGAAAUUCCCUCCCUCUUUCUAAUCGCGGCCGAAGUCCGAAAUCUCUCGUCGCGGAUUCGCUCGGAAUCCUCCAGUUUUCUACUCGCUGACAUAGUGUAAUCCUGAGGCUGAAGAUCUGAACUUGGUCAGUCAUUCAAUGCGGCUCUAGGAGACAAUUUCUGCAAUCUGCACUUUUCUUUCUACCUGUAGGCCCAGAACCUUCGAGCAUGUCAAGUGGAGCAGUUAGGAGAGUUUCACGUCAAGAUAUACAACUCGUUCAAAACCUGAUAGAACGGUGUUUACAGCUUUACAUGAACCAGAAGGAAGUCGUGGAUACUCUGUUGGAACAGGCAAAAAUUGAUCCUGGUUUUACAGAACUUGUCUGGCAAAAGCUGGAGGAGGAGAACCGAGAAUUUUUCAAGGCCUAUUACUUGAGAUUGAUGGUAAAACAACAGAUAGUGGAAUUCAACAAGCUGCUUGAGCAACAGGUUCAGUUGAUGCGGCAGAUGCAAUCUAGUGGAGCAUCUGCUCUUCCAACUUCUAAUGGAACUCAUAUGCCAACAUUGCCUCAGAAUCCAGCAUGCUAUGCGACAGGACCAGCAUUGAGUGCAGAAAACAUUCAGCGUCCCAUUGCUUCCGGUUUAACUAAUGCAUUCACCAAUGGUGGCCCGCCACUACCUACAAGUUUGCACACUGCAAUCCACAUGUCUGCUCAUGACAGUAGGAUGGAUGCUCCACCAAAUAUGCUUUCUAGUCAGACCUCAAACAUGGGGAGUCUGAUGCCCGGGAUUAAUGGGGGAAUGAUUAAAACCGAAGCUGGCUAUUCUGGUGCUUCACCUUACAUGUUUGGUUCUGAUCACAAUGUCCUUGAAGCACGUCCACCUAUUGGCGAAGCAUCUGUUGCAUCUUUCAGUAGUGUAGACUCUACGUCGCAACCCAUCGGUGAAGCCCUUUUGGAUGCAGACACUUCUUCAUUUGGGUUUUUGGGUCAAAUACCCAGAAAUUUCAGUCUCUCAGACCUGACAGCAGACUUCUCUCAAAGUUCUGGUUUGUCCGAUAUACUGGAGAGCUAUCCCCGCUCACCUUUCUUAGCGGCAGAUUCUGAGAGCUUUCUGGAUUCUCGUGAAAGGGGAGAACAAGGAGACAAUAGGCGGUUAGACCCUAUAUCGGAAAGCUUAAAUUAUGGAGAUUUUGGCAGUGAAUAGAAACUAUUUGAACGGUAUAACAUUGUCAUAGGAGAAAAGAGUGUGUACAUAGCCACUUAGAAGGAAGAUGCUUAAGAACUUGGUCCUCGAAGAUAUGAUUGUUUUGUUAAAAAAUAUGUUGACUGACAUCCCUGGAUAGCGACGAGGACAAUGGGAGCACACUUGUUCUUGGAGAAAGAGAGAUGAAUAACGUGGGAACAGGGACUUAUAUUAUGACUCUGCGAUUCAUCUCGAUGAAUUAUUUAGGCUUUGUAAUAGAAUUAUUUUUUGUGCUGCAUUUGGUGUGUUGUCUGGGAUUUGACUGCUGCUUUUAGGUACACUCUCACAAAGAGGUUUUGAUGUCACUGAUGGUUUGCCUUUCCUUUUUACUUGUUGCUCCCUGUUGGCGUUUUGUAAUUCUUGGUUAUGUGUUAAAUGUAAAUAUUAGUUUUGCACUUUCGGGCAAAAGCUUAAACAAGUGGACUAAUCAUCUUCUGUUGCUU